AUGUAUGUAGAAAAUUUAAGUCAGAAACUCAAUGCAAAAAUUGGUGGUAUCAAUGGCAUCAUUAAUUUGAAAACUGCUCUAAGUCAAGCAUCACAUAAUGAUCGUUUCAUGUUUUUCGGUGCUGAUGUCACUCAUACUACAUCUUCAAAAGAAAAACCAUCGAUUGCUGCCAUUGUUGGAUCAUGUGAUCCGACAUGUAGCCGUUAUGCGGCUCGUCUUUGUGAACAAUAUCCAAAGAAAAACCGUUGUUCAAUUGAGAUUAUCAAAGACAUGGAUAAGAUGGUUAUCGAUUUACUUCGAGUAUAUGCUCGUUCAUGUGGUAAUACAUUACCAAACCGAAUAAUUUUUUAUCGUGAUGGUGUUGAUGAUGGACAAUUUCAAAAAGUAUUCGAUAAUGAAGUUAAUAAAAUAAAAUCUGCUUGUCAAGCGGUGUAUGGACAACAUCCACUUCCUAGAUUAACAUUUAUCAUUGUUAAAAAACGACAUAAUACACGUUUCUUCACCUAUGAUGGUCAACGGACAGGCAAUGUUGAAGCGGGUACUGUUGUUGAUCUUCAUAUAACACACCCAUCGCAAUUUGAUUUUUACUUAUUUUCACAAGCUGCUAUAAUGGGAACAUCACGUCCAGCACUUUAUCAUGUGCUCCAUGAUGAAAAUGGAUUUAGUAGUGAUGAUAUUCAACAGUUAACAUAUUGGCUUUGUCAUACAGAUGUUCGAUGUUCGAAAUCAGUUUCAAUUCCAGCUCCAGUACAUUAUGCUCAUUUAGCUGCGUAUGCUUCCAAUGCCUAUGAAUUCGAUCAUAGCGAGGAUGAAAAUCCGGAAAAUGAGGAUGAUAAAAAUCCAUCGGAAGCAAUCUCACUCGAAGAUAUACAAACGAAAGUGAUGAUACUUAAUAAUGAUAUACAGGAUACGAUGUGGUUCGUUUAA